UUACGGUUUGGACAAAUGUAAUAAAAAUGGUGUAUCAUAUAUAUCCCAUCCAAUAAAUAAUUUGGUCAAAACUAAAAGAGUGGGAUGAUAAUCGCAUUACACGUGUUUGAGUGUCUUACGAGAUUAUCUGUGUUUUUUAUGGAGUAUCCUAAAUAUGUGGCAGAAGCAUGCAUCUCCACACAUCAAUUCCAAUGCUGUCCAUUUUCACCCUCCUCCAACCUACUCUCAUAACCACCUUAAUUACAUACAUUAACGAUUCUUCAUUUCGAUCUUCAUCAGCUCGCUCCUCCCUCUAUAUAUGUUUUCCAUCUGUACGUAAUAUAUUAUUAUUGGAACUCCGAUCCCCUCCGGCGCCCGCCCACUUAAUUCUGUCUGUCUCAUUCCCGCCCAUCAUAUGUGGAUUGGACGGUAAUAAGAGGGUUUAUUUCAACCGUACGUACGUGCUCCACCCCCCUUCACUACCACCUUAAAACCCAAAAAAUAAUAAUAAAAUGGCACAAAAAUGCAAGGUUUGUGACAAGAAUGUUUACGCGGCAGAGAUGAUAGCUGCUCGCGGGGAAACUUAUCACAAUACUUGUUUCAGGUGCAGGCAGUGCAAUGGCCGACUCGCGCUGAGCAACUACUCCACCAUGGAUGGAGUUUUGUACUGCAACCCUCAUUUCGAGCAGCUAUUUAAGGAAAAGGGAGUCACCGUCACGAGAUCACAGUCACUUGGAAAACAAGGCGCGGAACAGCUGACAAAAACUCCUAGCAAGGUGUCGAGUAUGUUCUCGGGCACCCAAGAGAAGUGCGCGGCUUGUAAGAAGACGGUGUACCCAUUGGAGAAGGUGACGGUGGACGGGGAGUUUUACCACAAGUCAUGCUUCAAGUGCUCGCAUGGAGGGUGUAUGCUCACCACCUCAAACUACGCUGCACUGGAUGGACUCCUUUACUGCAAACCCCACUUCUCUCAGCUCUUCAAGGAGAAAGGCUCUUAUAAUAAUCUUCGCAAGAGUAAUUCCCUCAAGACCAACGAAGAUCUCACCGCCGCCGUCCCCACCACCGCAGACGACGGCGCCGCCGCGGCCGCUCCUGCACCCGAGCAGGGGGAGUAGUACGUGUAUAUAUAUAUAUAUAUAUAUAUAUGCAUGCAUGCAUGGCCUGCAGGAUCCCAUCCCCCACCACCUCGCAUCAUAUAAACAAUAAUAAAUUCUAUUCGAUCUAGUUUUGGAAUUUUUAAUUUGCAUCCAAAGCAAAAAAGAAAGAGUAGUACAGUAAGAAUAAUUAUUUUAUUGGAAUG